AUGUUUGUGAUUUUGACUCGUUCGUGCCUCGGAUUUAACCUGGAUGGAUCUCCUGGAUCUUACGCAAAGUUUGAUCAUUGGGAACCUUGUAUUAAUGGAUCGUUAAGUUUCGAAUUUAAAACAGAUCGUCCAAAUGCUUUACUGUUUUAUAUCGAUGACGGUCAUUCCAGUUUUUUUGAGUUAAAAUUAGUAGCAGGAAUCGCUAGAUUAAGAUUAAAUUUAGGUGACGGUACAGUCAUUCUGUCCGCAGGUCAAAGUUUAAACGAUCAACAGUGGCAUAAAGUGGAAAUACGUCGAGACGGCGAACAAACGACUUUAACCGUCGAUAAAAUCGAACAUACAAGAACUUUACAUGGAAAUAAAUUCGAUACAAAUAAUAUCACAGAUUUGUAUUUUUUUAUCGGAGGAUUACCAAACGAUUACGAUCAAAAACUCACUUCCUUAGCUCUUCCAUCCGUAGUUUUUGAGCCAAAAUUUCGAGGAUCUAUAAGGAACUUGUUCUAUAGCAGUUGUGCAGGGCCAGUGGAACGACCCACAAUGAUAAAUCAUGAUGGAAUUCUAUCAAGUGAUGAGGAUUUAUGUGAACGAGGUAAUCCAUGUUUAAAUGGAGGUAUGUGUUUGACAACUGAUGAUGGAUUGAUGUGUGAUUGUACAAGAUUGGAAUUCGAAGGUGAUCGUUGUGAAAUUGGUGAGUUAUAUUUCAAUUUUUUUAUAUUUUAA